AAGUAUUUAUUUCACUCCGAAGUUUCAUUGGAAGAGAAAGUCGAAAAUUAUUUAGCGCAUUGUGUCCUCGACGAGCCGUCUUUUAUUUCCCAGCCCAGAUAGAAACUUCUCAACUCUUUGACAAUGGCUAGUUUCAACAAGGGACCUGCCUACGGAUUAUCAGCGGAAGUCAAAAACAAGAUCGCACAGAAGUAUGACCUACAGAAAGAGGAGGAGCUGAGAAUCUGGAUCGAAGACAUCACUGGCGCUAGUAUUGGCCCCGACUUCCAGAAAGGCCUGAAGAAUGGAGUCAUUCUGUGCGAUCUUAUCAACAAACUUGCUCCAAACUCUGUGAAAAAGGUCAACAAAUCAGCGCUGAACUGGCAUCAGCUGGAGAACCUGACAAACUUCAUCAGUGCCAUCACAUCAUAUGGCCUGAAGCCUCAUGACAUCUUUGAAGCCAACGACCUGUUUGAGAAUGGCAACAUGACGCAAGUCCAGACAACGCUGCUUGCGCUCGCUAGCAUGGCCAAGACCAAGGGCUGCCAGUCACGGGUGGACAUUGGGGUGAAGUACGCUGCCAGGCAUGAGAGGACGUUUGAUGAUGAGAAGCUGAAGGCUGGACAGGCCGUCAUCGGCUUACAGAUGGGGACCAACAAGUGUGCCAGUCAGGCCGGUAUGACAGCAUAUGGCACCAGGAGGCACUUGUAUGACCCCAAUGUCAAGGAGACCCCCCUGGACCAGACAACAAUCAGCCUGCAAAUGGGAACCAACAAGGGGGCGAGCCAGGCUGGCAUGACGGCUCCAGGGACAAGGCGUGCCAUUUACGACUUCAAGACAGGCACAGACAAGUGUGACAACAGCACCAUGUCCCUACAGAUGGGCUACAAAGACGGAGCCAACCAGAGCGGCCAGAACUUCGGCCUGGGGCGGCAGAUCUGUGACGCCAAGUACUGUCCUACAGCUGCAGAGGGUACAGAUAAUCAAAACGGGGCGGGCGUCAUCCGCGACUACCUCCCAGAUUACCAAGACGAGGGUUACCAAGGUUACCAGGAAGAAGAGGUGUACCACGAGGACGGGACAGAUUAUUAGAGGGAGGGAGCUGAGGAAGAGAGAGUAUCUGAAGGAGGCAUGUUCUGCAGAAAGAAACCCCUGAGGCGCCCGGCUUGAGGGCUUAUUUUUUAUACCCAUAGGAUGUUGCACCUUUUUUUUGGGGUCAUAUCCUUUUUAGUAUUGUAUGAAAUUGUUUUCUUACCCCUAUUUGUGCAGAACCAAUGUUACACAUAUCAUGAUGAACUGUAUUUCUGUGAUUUUUGUAUUUAACGUGACCACAAAAGCCAAAAUUUUUGGCUUGGCUAGUUUUCUAUCCCAGGGAUUUUGUUUUAAUGUGCCAAAGCCCUACUAUUCUUGUUUUGGUUUUGCUGACUCAUGAGUUACAUUAAGGGAGAUUCCUCUUUUUUUUUUUUUUUUUUUUUAAGGGCAACAUGAAACUUAAAGUGAAACAUAGGGAGUUUGUUUUUUUAAAACCAUUUUUAAGUACGUGCACCAUGUUAUGAUCAAAACACCCAUGCUUGUGUUUCUCUGUAAUCGCUGUUUCAUCUGUAAAAACAUGAUUCCUGUGAAUGAGAAUGUACAUAUGUUUGUUACUUCUCCAGUAUCUUCUUUAACCCCUCAGUAUUGGUCAUUAAAAUAGAGUCGUGAGCGCUUUUAGUUGUUCAGACAGAUGAGGGAACAAUUUUUUUUUUUUU